AGAACUUUGGUGAAACGGCUUUCCCGAAUCAGCAGCCAAGCUACAGUGGGACUCCGCAGAGAUGCAGCUGUCUUUGACGCAACCAAGUUCCUGGAUACUGCUCCUACUACUGGUGACCAGCUUGUUAUUGUGGAAGAAUGUUGCAUCAGUGCCCAUGUGUGCAAUGAGGAAUGCUCGUUGCUUUAUGUUCUUUGAAGACACAUUUGAAUUAGCCGGCAGUUUGUCUCAUAAUAUCAGUAUAGAAGUUUCAGAACUGUUCACUGAAUUUGAAAAACAUUAUUCUAAAGUGCCUGGGCUCAGAGACAAAAGCCCCAUGAGAUGCCAUACUUCUUUCCUCCCAACUCCAGAAAACAAGGAACAAGCCAGGCACACACACUAUGAAGCUCUUCUGAAAUCAGGAGACAUGAUUUUGGAUGCCUGGGAAAGCCCUCUGGAUGAUCUAGUGAGUGAACUAUCUGCCAUAAAAAAUGUCCCUGAUAUAAUCAUCUCCAAAGCCACAGACAUAAAGAAAAAGAUCGACGCAGUUCAGAAGGGAGUUAAUUCCCUCAUGAGCACCAUGCUUCAGAAUGGAGAUGAAGAAAAGAAGAACCUUGCCUGGUCCAGACUGCCACUCUUGCAAUCUGACAAUGAAGAUGCUCGCAUUCGUUCUUCAUAUGGCAUGAUCAGCUGCCUAGACAAUGACUUUAAGAAGGUUGAUAUUUAUCUCAAUGUCCUGAAGUGUUACAUGUUAAAAAUAGAUAACUGCUGAUACUUCUUCCAUUUGCUCUGCUUCUGAAAUAUCAUGUAGCAUCCUUUAAAUUUGUAUCUUUUGAAUUUGUUGUUGACUCAUUUAAAAAUAAAAAGUGGCUCUCAGAAAUAUAAAA